GAUAACUGCCGAAAAAUGCUUGCAGCACCCUUUCUUCCUAGAAAUUCCAUCUGUCAUAGAGCUAGACUCAUUCAGAUACUUGAUGAAUUUUUUAGCAUUAAGUAUCAAGCUAAUGAAAGUAUAGGCCUUUUUAUUGCUAGACUUAAAACAGUAGUGAAGAAGCUUAGUGAAGCAGGUCAUGAAUUAAAUCAGUUGUUUCAAGGCUUCCAAGCAAUAAGGCAUCUACCACCUGAGUUCGCCAGUAUAGUUCAGUUAAUUUAUCGUUGGAAGGAUGAAGAUUUUACGAUUGAUAAAAUUGCCGAAGAACUGAUAAGAGAAGAAAGCAGACUUGCACAAGUGAAAGCUGAUAUUCAUCCAGAGGUUAGUGCGUUUAACAUUUCUUCGAUAAGUAAAGAUGAAGAAAGAUAUGGAGACAGAAAAAAAUCUCAAAGUAAAUUUGUAGAAACUAAUAGAAAAGUCAUUGGUCCAUGUCAUCACUGCCACAAGUAUGGACAUUUAGUUGCAAAUUGUAGAGAUAGAUAUNAGUCAAAGUGGGGUAAACAGAAAAGGAAUUUCAACGAUCAGACAGCUGCUUUAGUUGAGACUUAUUUAACACACUCUGUGGAAGUUGGUGAAACCAUGAUUAAAAAUGAUGAUAAAAUAUGGGUUUUGGAUUCCGCUGCAACUACACAUUUCUGUAAAAACAAAUUGUUAAUGUCAAGUUAUGAAGAAACAAAUAAUGUAAGCAUGGCUUUGGCUGUUGGGGAUACUUCUAGUAAGGUACUAGAAAAAGGAACUGUUGAAUUCUCAGUUAAAGUAGGAGGAGAAAUGA